UCGCUCCCAAAGGAACCGACCGCUAUUCUCACAUGGAUUUGUUUAUUUUAGUUUGCGCUUGCGAUGAGCCGUUUAAAUAGUCUAUUUUUUAUCCUUAAAAAAAUUUGACCUCUUUGCUGAAAUUUUUUUUUAAAUAAAUGCUAUGCAGCGAUUGGCAUAUGAUGUUAUUGUAAUCGGGUGUGGUAUAAUUGGUACUAGUACUGCGAGAGAAUUAUUAAAAAGAAAUCCUGCUCUUAGAUUAGCUCUAAUUGAAAAAGAAGCAUCGAUCGGAUUUCAUCAAAGUGGUCAUAAUAGUGGCGUCAUCCAUUCUGGCAUUUAUUACACUCCUGGAAGUCUCAAAGCAAAACUAUGCGUAGAAGGGCUGGAACUUGCUUAUAAAUAUUGCGAUGAAAAAAAUAUACCAUACAAAAAGUGUGGAAAGCUUAUAGUAGCUGUAAAAGAGGAUGAACUCGAAAGGCUCGAUGCACUUUACAAAAGAGCUAUUGAAAAUGGAGUUAAAGAUAUAUCUCUCAUUAGCAGAGAAGAAAUCCGGAAAAUGGAACCUAAUAUUGAUGGUUUGAAAGCCAUCUGGUCUCCAAACACAGGAAUUGUGGAUUGGGAACAAGUUACAAAAUCUUAUGCAGAUGAUUGCAGAGAAAGAGGUGCAGAUAUUUAUUUAAAUUUUCCAGUAACAGGCUUCCAGACAAUAUCUGAAAGCCCUAGAGGUUCCAUUGUAGUGAAUGGAAGAACGAAGAGCAUGCUUUGCAAGCGUGUGGUUACGUGUGGAGGUUUGCAUUCAGACAAAUUGGCUAUGAUGACAGGAUGCAGUCCACUGCCAAGGAUAAUCCCUUUCAGAGGAGAUUAUUUGGUUUUGAAGCCUGAAAAGGCGCACUUGGUUAAAACGAAUAUUUAUCCAGUCCCGUAUCCAGACUUACCCUUUCUGGGUGUCCAUAUAACACCUCGCAUCGAUGGAUCUGUCUGGCUCGGACCCAACGCCGUGCUGGCCUCGCAUCAGGAAGGCUACCGUGGAACUGGCGUCAAAAUUAGAGAGGUCUUGGGUUACAUUGAAUACAGUGGUCUGCGGAAACUAGCGCAGAAACAUUUGGGGUACGGUUUACGAGAAAUAUAUCGUGGCAUCAAUAUUAGCGCACAAGUUCAGGCAUUGAGACAAUACAUGCCGGCACUGACUACUUCUUGGGUCGAAAGGGGACCGAGCGGCGUUCGAGCCCAAGCCCUGGAUGCGGAUGGAAAUUUGGUGGACGAUUUCAUAUUUGAUUCAGGGACUGGAGAAUUCGAAGGAAAGGUAUUGCACGUGCGGAAUGCCCCUUCUCCUGGUGCCACCUCCUCCUUGGCCAUUGCACGAAUGAUUGUAGAUAAACUAGAAGAACAAUUUCACAUUAAAAAAUUAUGAUAAUUA